UCUACAAACGUUUAGAAACAAUCACACGCGUUGUAAUAUUUACAACCUUGUAGCAGGAGGUUCAGUAUCAUUUUCUUCUAUCCUUUUCAAAUUUGGGGAAAAUUUGAUGAGGCUUUUGGAUAAAUGGUAAAACCAAAGCAGAGUAAAAUUAAAGCAUCAUUAAGUCUGAGGCUAUGAGAGGGAUCACACCGUUUCCGCCGAGGCAUAUCUUGGACAAUGCCGCAUCGAAGGUUUCCGAUUACUAUGUUUCGCGGCUGAAGCUAUGCUGCGAAGCCUACAGCAUACGGCAAGUUAAACAGCUCCACGCACACAUCAUCAAGAACCUUGUGGACCCGGAGCCUUUUUUGCUAAACAAUCUCAUCAAUGGGUACAACAAGCUGGGCAACAUCGCCUAUGCACGCCAAGUGUUUGAUCAAAUGCGCAUACCAAACCAUUUCUCUUGGAACACUGUUCUAGCGGUAUACUCGAAGCAGGGGGAUGUUGUGAAUAUGGAGAAGAUGUUUAAUAUGAUCCCACGUAAAGAUGGGGUGUCGUGGAACUUGGUUAUAUCGGGUUAUAUAAAAUGUGGGUUGAUCGAGAAGGCGUUGGAGGCUUACAAAUCGAUGUUGAGGCAGGGAUUGGAGAGUUUGAACAGGAUCACGCUUUCCACGGUUAUAAUAAUGCUGUCGAAAAAGGGUUGGGUUGAUUUGGGAGAGGUGAUUCAUGCCCAAGUAGUAAAGCUCGGAUUCCAGUCGUAUGCUUUUGUGGGGAGUCCUUUAGUUGAUAUGUAUGCGAAAUGCGGAUUGAUAAGUGAGGCGGAGCGUGUGUUUAAUGAGUUGCCGGAGAGGAAUUUGGUUGUUAACAACACGAUGCUUAUGGGCUUUCUGGGAUGUGGGAUGCUGCAAGAAGCAUACUGUUUGUUUGGAAGUAUGACUGAGAAGGACUCGAUUUCUUGGACGACCAUGAUCACCGGGCUAACACAGAAUACAAUGUAUAGAGAGGCACUGGAGCUGUUACAAGAGAUGAGAAUGAAUGCAGUGAAUAUGGAUCAAUUUACUUUUGGAAGCGUCUUGACUGCCUGUGGAGGUCUUUCUGCAUUGCAAGAAGGGAAGCAGAUUCAUGCUUAUCUGACUAGAACUGACUAUAUGGAUAAUGUUUUUGUGUCGAGUGCACUUGUUGAUAUGUACUCAAAGUGUGGUGACAUCAAGAAUGCUGAGAGGGUUUUCAGGAAAAUGUCGUACAAGAAUAUUGUGUCGUGGACUGCCAUGUUAGUAGGUUACAGUCAAAACGGGUACAGCGAGGAAGCUGUUAGAAUAUUAUGUGAGAUGCAGAGAAAUGGAGUUCAGCCAGAUUAUUUCACUUUAGGUAGUGUGAUAAGCUCCUGUGCAAAUCUGGCUAGUAUCGAAGAGGGAGCUCAGUUUCACGGUCAAGCAUUGGCAUCUGGUUUGAUUGCCUUCAUUACUGUCUCAAAUGCACUUGUAACCAUGUAUGGUAAAUGCGGCAACAUCAAGGAGUCACAUCAGUUGUUCAAUGAGAUCAGAGUGAAGGAUCAAGUGACUUGGACUGCAUUGAUUUCAUGCUAUGCCCAGUUUGGAAAGGCUAAUGAAACUAUCAGUUUGUUCGAGGAAAUGUUGGUUCGUGGUCUCCAGCCAGAUGGAGUUACCUUUGUUGGGGUUCUCUCGGCCUGCAGCAGGGCUGGCUUCGUGGACAAAGGCCGCCAUUAUUUCGCUUUAAUGGGGGAUAAAUAUGCAAUUAGGCCUGUUCUUGAUCACUAUACUUGCAUGAUUGAUCUGUUUAGCCGAGCUGGGCAGUUGGAAGAAGCGAAAAAAUUCAUACUUGAAAUGCCUUUCCGUCCUGAUACAAUUGGUUGGUCUACGCUGCUGAGCUCGUGCAGAAACCGUGGUAACAUGGAAAUAGGGAAAUGGGCGGCAGAAUCUCUUCUAGAAUUGGAUCCACAAAACUCUGCUGGCCAUGUGUUGCUUGUCAGCAUCUACGCUGCUAAAGGGAAAUGGGACGAGGUUGCUCAGUUGAGAAAAGGAAUGAAAGAGAAGGGAGUCAGGAAAGAGCCGGGAUGUAGUUGGAUCAAGUAUAAGAACAGAGUGCACAUUUUCACUGCUGAUGACAAUUCAAGCCCGUUUUCUGAUCAGAUAUAUCGGGAGUUGGAGAGACUUGGUGAUAAAAUGAGAGAGGGUGGAUAUGUGCCUGAUGUGAAAUCUGUUCUGCACGAUGUUCAGGAGUCGGAAAAACUGAAGAUGCUGAACCAUCAUAGUGAAAGGCUAGCGAUUGCGUUUGGCUUGAUUUUUGUUCCUCCUGAGUUGCAGAUAAAAGUGGUGAAAAACCUCCGUGUUUGUGAUGAUUGCCAUAAUGCAACCAAAAUAAUUUCGAAGAUCACACAACGAGAGAUUCUCGUCAGAGAUGCUGUCCGGUUCCAUUUAUUCAAAAAUGGGGAAUGUUCUUGUGGAGACUUUUGGUAGUGGAUCGUGAUCAGGUUAAAGAGAUGCCGUAAGCCUCCAAACUUGUUCCUGGAUGGCUGAAGAGAUCUUGAAACUGAAGCUUGACGAAGGACAGAUGUGGAAGCUGAUACGAGAUGUACUCUGG